AGAUAUGACUCGAGUGAGUGAAGGCAGGGAUGGAUUGAGAGAUAGGAGCACUACUUAACCCUCUCAUUGCAUCUCCCUUUACGCACCGCACAAUACAAUCCUUUGCUUCCUUCCUUCAUUCAUCCCCUCUUCACAAACAAAAACCUUUCUAACAUUUCAAUUCCAAUCAUUACUAUUACUAUCAACACCAAUGGAAGGAUCUGGAGUCGUAACAGUCUACGGCAACGGCGCAAUCACCGAAACAAAGAAAUCCCCCUUUUCCGUCAAAGUGGGCCUCGCACAAAUGCUUCGAGGAGGUGUCAUAAUGGACGUCGUCAACGCAGAACAGGCACGUAUCGCUGAAGAAGCAGGAGCAUGUGCUGUCAUGGCCCUCGAACGUGUCCCAGCCGACAUCCGUGCCCAAGGCGGUGUAGCCCGUAUGAGCGACCCACAACUCAUCAAAGAAAUCAAACAGGCCGUUACUAUCCCUGUCAUGGCCAAAGCCCGUAUCGGUCACUUCGUCGAAGCUCAGAUCCUCGAACAUCUCGGAAUCGAUUACGUCGACGAAAGUGAAGUCCUAACCCUAGCCGAUGAAGACAAUCACAUCAACAAACACAACUUCCGCAUCCCUUUCGUUUGCGGUUGUCGUAACCUCGGCGAAGCUCUCCGCCGUAUACGCGAAGGCGCCGCCAUGAUUCGUACCAAAGGUGAAGCCGGUACCGGUAACAUCAUCGAAGCCGUUAGACACGUCAGGUCGGUCAUGGGUGAUAUUAGGGUUCUUCGCAACAUGGAUGAUGAUGAGGUUUUCACUUUCGCUAAGAAAAUUGCUGCUCCGUAUGAUCUUGUUAUGCAGACUAAGCAACUUGGGAGGCUUCCGGUUGUUCAUUUUGCCGCCGGUGGUGUUGCUACGCCUGCUGAUGCGGCUUUGAUGAUGCAGCUUGGUUGUGAUGGUGUUUUUGUUGGUUCUGGUGUUUUCAAAAGUGGGGACCCUGCUAAACGUGCGAGGGCGAUUGUUCAAGCUGUUACUCAUUACAGUGAUCCUGAGGUUUUGGCUGAGGUUAGUUGUGGAUUGGGUGAAGCUAUGGUUGGGAUUAAUUUGAAUGAUAGCAAUGUUGAGAGGUUUGCAAAUCGUUCUGAAUGAUGAUGAUGAUGAUGGUUCUUCUUUCGCAUGGCAAUUCUAUCUGAAAGGGGUUUUAUUUAUUAUCUAGUGCUUUUAUUUUAGUUGUUUUUUAUAUUUCAUUUUAAUAAGGUUAUUGUUAUGUUUUUGUUUCUUUUUAUGUUUUGAGUUUUUGUGUUAGGUGGGGAAAAAAAUGAACAAAAAUAAAAAUAACAAGCAACUAGCCUUUUGGGGCUUGUGAUAUGCUCAUAACUGGUUUUUACAUCCAAGUUCGUUUUUAGUGUUUGAUCUAUCUGGUAUGUGGAGUCAGUAGAACCAUUCUUGUUGGAAUAUUGAAAUUCUAUUGUUAUAUUUUGUUAUUUUGAUUGUAUUUCAAGCCCUUUACCUUUUGGUGUCAAAUAAAGUUAACCACUUCUUUUUUGUUGUUUUUUGUUGUCGCAUUUGUUAUCAUUAUUAUGAAGAUAAUGGUCCCGUUUCA